CAACGUUCACUAUUUAUAGCUCUCAAUCUCAAACACAGAAUAGAAGCUAGUUCUAUCUCCAUACCCUCUUCCCUCCAUGGCUUUUGCUUCACCACUUUUCCGAAUCGCUCUCAAUAAUCCACACCUCUUCUUCACCACCGCGUGUCUUCACUCUCCGCCGUAUCUCUCAAAUCACCGCCGUCCCUCCGAUCCGCAUACUUACCUCUCGCGUUCUCCGAUUUCGAGCCACAAAGAUCCAGAGAAGGUAUAUGAUUAUGCUGAAUAUCAUGAUUUAGUGGUUGAAUUUGACUCAAGGCUUUACAAAACUGUCUAUUACAACGAAAACGGCUGCAACAAAAGGCAUCCGAAGAAUGAAGAUGAAGACUUGAAAGAUGCGCAGACGAGAAAAAUAUCUCAUCUGUUUGAAAAAUAUUGAGAGAAAACAAAAAAUUCUUGAGAUUGGAGGUGGUUGGGGAAGUUUAGCCAUUAAAGUUGCCAGACAAACCUGUUGCAAAUAAUCUGGUGUCGCUUUGUCAAAGGAGUAACUGAAGCUUGCAGAAAAGAGUUGAAGAUGCUGGCCUUCAGAUGUAAGCACCUGCACUUGUGUUGCCAAUUAUUAGAGAAAAGCACAAAAUGGAAGCUAUGUUCUCCAUUCUAAAACUUUCGGAUUUUAGGCUAUUUCAGAUCAAAAAUUAAACUUCAUUGAAAAUUGAAAUCCAUCGUUUUUUCUCACUUGAAAAAAAAGAUGAAGUUUGGAAAAGAAUUUGUGUCCCAAAUGGUGCCAGAAUGGCAAGAAGCAUACAUGAAUUACGAGUCUCUCAAAUCCAUUCUGAAAGAUAUUUCAAAGUACAAGGCAGAAAAUCAAUCAACAGGACGAAGGGCAUCAACAUCAGCAUCGAAAGGAUCAUUGAGGAGAAGGUUAACUCUCUAUAGAGCUUAUAGUGGUCUUAAUGAUAGGCAUAGAGAGUCUUCAAAGAAAAAUGAGGACGAAGUCAUACUUAUUCAGUCAGUUGAAGGUGAAGAUUCACAAGGGUUUUACCAAACCAUGUUCUUAAGAGCUUCUGAAGAGGGAGCAGAAAAAGAUCUCGAGUUUUUCAAGAAACUUGAUUUUGAGUUUAAUAAGGUUAAUGCAUUUUAUAAGAAGAUUGUUAAAAAAGUGGUUGAUGAAGCUGAGGAGUUAAGUAAGCAAAUUAAUUAUCUUAUUGCUUUUAGAAUAAAGGUGGAAAAGAUUGGGUUUACAAAUCUUGAUAGCAAUGAAACCUCUUCAACUGCCAAACAUGGUCACCCAAGUCUACAUAUGGAUGCGAUUCGUGAGGUUGAAAUGAACAAUGGCAAUCUUUUUCAAGAAGAUAGAAAACAUGUAGCACAGACCAAUUCUAAGAAUCCCAUGGAGAGCUUUAGACCAGCUCCUGUAGACGUUCUUGAACAUGUGAAGAUCAAUGUGAGCCCACCAGAAACUCCUGUAGCAACCAUAAAAGGUCUUUUAACAAAUUCAAAACCUGAUGAUACAUUUAACGAGAAAGAGUUUAAGAAAGCAGAAGAGCAACUUAGUGCAGCCUUCAAGGAAUUACAUCAUAAGCUGAGACUUCUAAAACAAUACAGCUUCUUAAAUUUGUUGGCAUUCACAAAAAUCAUGAAGAAGUAUGAUAAGGUCAGUUCAAGGAAUGCAUCAAAAGCUUACCGAAAGAUGGUGGAGAGUUCUUAUAUUGGCAGCUCAGAUGAGGUUACUAGGCUCAUGGAUAGAGUGGAACAUGCCUUCAUUAAACACUUUGCAAAUGGGAAUCAUAGAAAAGGAAUGAACAUAUUAAGACCGACAAUGAAGAGGGAGCGGCAUAGAACUACAUUCUUGUUAGGAGUAUUUACUGGCUGCGCAAUUGCUCUCAUUGCAGCACUAAUUAUACUCAUACAUGCAAGAAAUAUUCUAAAUAGUGAAGGUAGAACGAGAUAUAUGGAAAACAUAUUUCCACUUUAUAGUCUCUUUGGAUACAUUGUGUUCCAUAUGAUCAUGUACUCUGUGAACACAUACUUAUGGAGGCUUUUUAGAAUCAACUAUCCAUUUAUAUUUGGAUUCAAAGAAGGAACUGAGUUAGCUUAUAAAGAAGUAUUUCUUCUUAGCUCCGGCCUUGCAGUACUUUCUUUGAUUGCGGUUCUUUCAAACUUAGAUAUGGAGAUGGAUCAAAGAACCAAAAGUUUCUCAGCACUUACAGAAUUAGUGCCUUUAGGCCUAAUCAUAUUUCUGCUUGCCGUAACAGUUUGUCCCUUCAAUAUCAUAUAUAAAUCCAGUCGCUUCUGCCUUAUUCGAGCUGCAUUUCACACCAUUUGUGCUCCUCUCUAUAAGGUCCAUUUUCUAGAUAGUUUUUUGGCAGAUCAGCUUACUACCCAGGUGCAAUCAUUUAGAUGUUUGGAAUUCUAUGUUUGCUACUACUUUUGGGGGGAUUUCUUGACCAGAUCAAAUAAGUGCAAUGAUAGUGGAAUCUAUAGAAUGUUUUAUUUAAUUGUAGCUAUUAUUCCAUAUUGGAUCCGUUUACUUCAGUGUGUUCGCCGAUUACUCGAAGACAAAAAUACAACGCAUGGACUCAAUGCACUAAAAUACAUCUCAACAAUAAUUGCAGUUAUUCUGAGAACUUCUAGUGAGUCUCACACUGGACUUGUUUGGAAAAUUCUCGCUGCAACUUCUUCAAGCAUUGCAACAGUUUAUAAUACUUAUUGGGAUUUUGUCAUGGAUUGGGGUUUGCUAGUAAGAGGCUCAAGAAAUCCAUGGUUGAGAGAUAAACUCCUCGUACCAUACAAAAGUGUAUAUUUUGUUUCUAUGGCAGUGAAUGUUAUCCUGAGGUUUGCAUGGAUGCAAUCUGUUUUAGGCAUUAAGGAUGCUCCUCUCCUUCAUAAAACAGCUUUGACUGCUAUUAUAACUUGUUUGGAGAUCCUUCGCCGCGGCAUUUGGAAUUUUUUCAGGUUGGAGAAUGAGCAUUUGCACAAUGUAGGAAAGUUUAGAGCGUUCAAAUCAAUAGCUCUUCCUUUCAACUAUCUAGAUGAUGAUGAAGAUUGAAGACAACAUUAAAUUUUGAUGGACACAUUAAAUUUGACCAACGAGGUUAAAAUUUAAAAUUUUAUUUGUAUUUAUUAAUUUGUAAAAAUUAAAAAUAAUUUUGACCGAUUCUUACAAAACUUGAGGAAUAAAUUACCAUUUCACUCUAA